UGUUACUUCUCGUCUGUUAUUGGCUAUUCGGUCACUCAAAUCCGAUAGGCCACGCCCUCAUAUGUAUCCAAAUAAGGAAGAACUUAAAUAAAAGUGAAACAAUGUAGCGAAGCGAUACAACAAUUCAGGUUCGGUUAUUUUUAUUGACAGAUUGAUACUUCACGUGUGUGUUUAUGAAUUUGUGAAAUCUCCAUAUGCACUCGAAAAACAUGUCGUAUUGUCGAUUACUUCUACUUUAUUGUAUGUUAUAUUUAUGUGAUCCGUUUCGUGUAACGGUAACGUCUAGUCCUAGCAAUGCGAUAUCAUCGAAUAAUUUGGGACAUUUGGAGCAUAUAGACGCUGUUGGGUCGAGCACAGGUGACAAUGGUUCCAAAGGAAAGCUCAGUGAAGGUUUGGGGUUUGAACCGGGUGAUCCUGCGCCUGCAUUUCAAGUGCAAACUCUGGCCGGAGUGUUCGUUUAUCCGGAGAAAGUCUCGAGAUCCGCUCUUAUCAUUCAUGCAUUCACGAAUAAAUCCGCCUUUCUGGAGUGUCUGUGGACGUGGAACGAGUCUCUGUCUGAUCUGCUGGAGUAUCUGCCGUCCAGCGCUCAGGUUCUGUUCCUCUCACUGGAUGACACUGCAGCACAGGACGCGCUCUGGAUGAGGGAGCAAGUGUACAAAGCAGCAGCUCACAGGGGCAAAGAGAUCUUGUCCAGAUUGCAUUUCUCACCGACACCUGUGUACGCGCUUGGUAACUGGAUACCCCGAGUUCUGUACUCAUGGGGAUGUGGAGGACACAACUGUGGCCUUGCUCAGGUGCUUUUCACCUCUCCAGAAUGGACCAUACCAGUGAUCGCCAAGCGUCUGAAUGCCAGAUAUGACUGGUUGAAUGGACGCUGGGGUGCAGAUCAAUACAAAUUGUUGGAUGCAGGGAACGGCUGUGAACCAGUCACCUCUGUCAAAGGAGCUGUUGCCUGGAUAUCGGAAGGUGGCUGUUCUUUCUUUACUAAGAUUAAAAACAUGGCUGAAUCCAACGCUACUGGGGUUCUGGUGUACGCCUUGCCUGGGAGUCCCAUACAGGACAUGAACUGCUUGGGAGAUGAAUGUACCACUUCACUGAACAUACCUGCAUCUAUGGUCCAUAUAGAACCCUCUGUCAUACAAGCCCUACGAAUGGGGCAGGUGGUGAAUGUGACAUUCCAGCUCACACCUUCUCCAAAUUUCUUCUUUGCAAUCAACCAGCAGGGGGCGCUGGCUGAGAUGGGUUGGUGUCUCUACCCAACCUUCAGAUUCAUGGCCUGGCAAGCUCAGUGGUUUAUAUUCAAUGAGGGUUUGCAGGAGCAGUUGAGACGGCCUGCCCGUGUAGUUCCAGUGUUUGAUGGUCAUCUGAUGCACGGCGAGAAGGGAGCUCAGGCAUUGGUGGAUCUUCCUGGAGACAUGUUGGAUUAUGACGUUCUGGAGUUGGACGCAUCCCUGUCCUGUCCAGGCCGCAGGGAUGAGACAUGUGCUCAUUGGGAUCACACCGUACAGCUGUUUGUAUGCUGUGAUCAUGUCAGCCCAUACUGUAACCUGGAGCUAGGCCGCUGGAUCACGGCCUUCCGCAGAGGUACAGGUCAUUGGCUGACGGAUGUGUCCUCUUUGAUUCCUCUGCUUAAUAACGCGAGGUGUAACUUCACCAUGAAGACUGUGCCGUGGGCAAUGCCCUGGAUGACGUCUCUCAAUCUACGCUUCAGUCACAGCAACAAAACAGGAAACUACUCAGACAGACUGUACCCAUUCACGGUAACCUCACUCUACAAUGGGGGGACAUUUGACAAGGACUAUAACAGCAGAUAUCAGGAGAUUAAGUUUAAUAUUCCAGUUUCAACUAAAAAGGUGGAGUUAUAUGCCGUUAUCACAGCCCAUGGUUCUGACGAGAACUUCUGUGGUGAAUUCUGUGUGACAUCACAUCACUUCCUGAUCAACAGGGCCAACAAUAACACGCUUAUAUUUGAGUCAGCUGGAUCCGCGCUGGGCUGUGCCACACGGGUUCCUGAAGGAGCAGUGCCAAAUGAACAUGGCACCUGGUUAUAUGGCCGAGGAGGCUGGUGUGAUGGACUGCAGGUUGAGCCGUGGAGGACUGACAUCACCUCCCAGCUGGACCUGGGUGGAACUAAUUCUAUCCUUUACUUUGGACUCUAUGAGGGACGCAAUCCAAAUCCAAAGACUGACCCAGGGUACAUUAUUAUGUACUCCUAUCUUGUGUUUUAUAAAUGAUUUUACAAAUGGGGAAAAAAAAAAGUAGUAUUUUAAAUUCUUAAUUACAUCUUUGACAGCAUCAGUCAUUCAUUUUCUUACAUUCAAAAUCACUUUUGUUUAGGUGGCUUGAUUGAUUUUAGUAUUGCCUCUGUUGCUUCUGCUGUUUUUUAUUAAAAGGUGAAGUAAUACAAUUUUCUUCCCACAGCCAUUGAAAACUUGAAAAUAUCAGGGAAUUUUAAAACUGUGACUUAUUAUCAGAUUUAAAAUAUUGAAUUGCCUAAACAUUAUUCUUUGUAAGUGCAGCCGCUGUUUAUCACAACUAUUUGUGAUAUUUAUCAUUUAUGCAUUUAUCACAAACAACUUGAAAGUGUAUCAGCCAAAUGGUGUGGGAACCCUAAAAAUAUUCAAAUAAACAGUUUAUUACUGAGAUUAGCAAAAUUACUGAAUUUGUCUUUAGUCUUUUUCUGUGUCUUGGAGAAAUUUCCUAGUUUACUUUCUAUCUAAAUGGCAUAAUGGCUUCAUAAUGAGACUUCUUCUGAAGCUUUUCUUGAAGACAAUUAUGUGCAAUUAGACAACUUGAAUGUACUUCACUUGAAAUGGAAUGAAAGAGAUGUGUUGAUCUAUACUCUUGAGAAAAUGUCUUUUCACCUGCAAGGAGCAUUAUUGACUGACAUUGUGACAUUAUCUGAGUCAUACAAUAGAUGUCUCUGCCCAAGUAGUUUCCACACUUAUCUAGUUAUGAGAUUUUAGGUGAUCUGUUUAAAGUUAAGCAUUAGAACAGUUCAUGCAUUUCAGUGAGGUUUCAUGACCCCCAUUUGACUGCUGUGUGCAUUUUGUUUUUUGAUUUGUAACUUGUAGCACAUAAUAAAAAAUAAAAAACAAAUGGUUGUCCUCAUAUAUGUAAGGCGGGCAAAGUUGUGACAUUUUAAAUAACACCAAGCUAUAUAAAGUCCGAUACAUUUUUUUAAUCAAAUUGUUUAUUAUGUUUCUAGGAGUGUUCAUGUUUUUGAGAUGUUACAGACAUUACAGCUGACUUUAUGU